AUGCUGAGACAGUGUCCGCCAUUUGGAGACGCCUAUUCCGCUCAUAGCGUCUUCCCUCCUCCUCCACCUCCAUUAGAGGACUCUCGCGGUGGCCAGCGCUAUCUGGUUGAGCGGCUGUUGAACCACCGCGACGUGAACUGGACGUCGGACGAGUUAUCUCGUCCGGUGGCGCGGCUAUCCCCGUCCUGGGAUUCUUGGGAGCCCCGCUCCCAGUUGAUGGUUGACGUACUGGGUCUGUCCAGGCAGUACGACGCGGCACAUCCUGUGCCGCAGAAGGACCCGCCGGAGAAAGUCUUCCCGGCACGGUCGUAA